CAUUUCCCUUUUUAUCUGAUUUUCUUGCGAUCCAAGAAACCUUCGCAGCUGUUUCCACCGUCCCGCUUUGUCUUCAAGCGCCGACAGAUCUUCAGCUUUUUCUCUCUCUAAGAUCGUUGAUUCUUCACUGAGUCAAAGUCUUGAGAUGAAUUGCGGAAAACUGAGUUAAUCGUAAAUCUGCUUUCCAUGGCAGUUGAAACCUAGGGUUUGGGGUUGCGGUUGGGUUUAGGGUUAGGGUUUCGUAGCCAUGGCGGCGGCCGGGGAGGAGGGGGCUUACUCCUACAAGGGCAUGUCCGCUGACAACAUCAAGGGUUUGGUUCUGGCGCUGUCUUCUAGCUUUUUCAUUGGUGCUAGCUUCAUUGUCAAGAAGAAGGGGUUGAAGAAGGCUGGGGCUUCUGGAAUCAGAGCAGGGGUUGGAGGUUAUUCUUACUUAUAUGAGCCACUUUGGUGGGUGGGCAUGAUAACAAUGAUCGUGGGGGAAAUUGCUAAUUUUGCUGCUUAUGCGUUUGCACCAGCUAUUCUGGUCACUCCUCUUGGUGCACUCAGCAUUAUUAUCAGUGCUGUACUUGCUCAUAUUAUUUUAAGGGAGAAGCUACACAUUUUUGGGAUUCUUGGUUGUGUUCUUUGUGUUGUGGGUUCUACAACAAUUGUUCUUCAUGCUCCUCAAGAACGUGAGAUUCAAUCUGUGAUAGAAGUGUGGGAUCUUGCUACAGAGCCAGCUUUUCUCUUUUAUGCAGCCUUGGUGAUAACAGCUGUGUUUGUACUUAUAAUCCACUUCAUCCCACAAUAUGGCCAGACCCAUAUAAUGGUUUACAUUGGAGUUUGCUCUCUUGUAGGUUCCUUAUCGGUCAUGAGUGUUAAAGCACUUGGAAUUGCUUUGAAGUUAACAUUAUCAGGAAUGAAUCAGCUAACAUAUCCUCAGACAUGGGCCUUCACUAUAGUUGUAAUUACUUGUGUAAUUACCCAAAUGAACUAUCUAAACAAGGCCCUUGAUACAUUUAAUACAGCCGUUGUAUCUCCCAUCUACUAUGUUAUGUUUACAUCACUAACCAUUUUGGCUAGUGUGAUCAUGUUCAAGGACUGGGAUAGACAGAAUCCAACACAGAUUGUCACCGAAAUGUGUGGAUUUGUAACCAUCCUUUCUGGAACUUUUCUUCUUCACAAAACAAAGGACUUGUCUGAUGGCCUGUCAACGUCUUUGUCCAUGAGACUUUCUAAGCAUAUAGAAGAGGAUGGCUUUGGUCAAGAAGGCAUCCCUCUCAGACGGCAGGAGUCCUUGAGAUUACCAUGAUGCACUUCCUCCAUUGCAUCUCCCUGAUUUUCCGGCUGAAAUCAACCUGUGUGUUAUCAAGUUCAAGACUUAUCCCAGUGUUCAUUUUUGGAGAACCUAGAAAAGGAAGGAAGAGUUUUUCUUCAUCUCUUUCUUUUUCCCAUUUUGGACCAACGGCCUAUACGCAAAUCACCGGCUACCACGUUGCAUACCCAUUCUUGUUUGAUGAAAUCUCGAACAUAUUGGUUGAGUAGAGUAUAUUGUAUUGAUAGCCAAGAACCUUAAGAACUUAAUGAAAGAAGGCGUACAACAUGUAUCUCCGUAUUUGGAAGGACAAUUCAACAGUGGAAAAAGCUUCUUCAAGUAAAUAGUUUUCUCAUGUUCUUGUAAAAACAGUAGUGUUAUACUUUAUUAUCAUUUUACUCGUUUGACACC